AUGAAUGUCAUUGGACCUAUCGAACCUGCCUCCUCAAAUGGACAUCGACUCAUCCUGGUUGCCAUAGAUUACUUCACCAAAUGGGUGGAAGCUACAUUGCACAAAUCGGUAACAACGAAGGUGGUAGCUGACUUUGUACGAAACAACAUUUUUCGAAUAACCCAUCAGAAUUCCACUGCCUAUAGGCUGCAGAUGAAUGGAACUGUAGAAGCAGCUAACAAGAAUAUCAAGAGGAUAUUGAGGAAAAUGACAGAUAGCAAAAAGUGUUGGCACGAGCAAUUGCCUUAUGCUUUGUUGGGAUACCGAACGACAGCCCGGACUUCAACAGGGGUAACUCUGUACUUGCUCGUCUAUGGUACUGAAGCAUUCGUGCCUGCCGAAGUCAAAAUACCAUCAAUGAGAAUCAUUCAGGAAGUAGAGUUGGACAACGCAAAAUGA